AUGGAGCAGUUUGUGGGUUUUGCCCCGCAACUUCCGCUUCAAGAAGCAAAUCAUAUCCGAGUUGUGAUCCUCUUACCAGGCGCCUUCGACGAUCCAAUCAAGUGCGCCCUCGAACAUGUCGAACUCUUACCAAACUCCGACUACGAGGCCGUAUCAUACUCUUGGGGGGAUGCAACUGUUACAAAGCCGAUAUUGGUCAAUGAUCGCAUCUAUCCGGUCACAACAAACCUCUUCACUGCACUCCAAUACCUAAGAAAUGAAAACAUGGCGCGGAGACUUUGGAUCGACAGUAUUUGCAUCAAUCAAACCGACCUGGACGAAAGGAACCGUGAGGUUCGCAAAAUGAGAGAAAUAUAUUGUUCCGCCAGCCAACUUCUGAUUUGGCUUGGUGACUACAGUCCAAUGACAGAAGAAGACGUAUCUUUGGUUUUCUACUUCGUUGAGGCCUUGUUCUUAGCCGGCCAAGAAGAACGUAAGGCAGAGUAUGUCACUAAUCUGGGCAUUGAAGCAAUGUGGCGAUUGCGAGGCAAGCUGAAAAGGUUUCUAGAAAGUAGGAGUUGGUUGUUUCGUGUCUGGAUUCUUCAAGAAGUUGCGGUGCGCCCUGUGCCGCACGAUUAUGCGCCGGAAAUAACUCCACUCGUGAUCUGUGGCGUAUACGAACUUCCUUGGUUUCACUUCACCCUUUUGAGCCUCUACUGGGAUCGGGACCCUCGCGCCAAAUUUCGGCUCGAUUUGCAUCCUCCGGAAGAUAAUUUAUGGAGAAUCAUCGCGGUCUCAGAGUUACACGGAGAUAUGCUGGAGCGGGACAGACCAUUGGCUGACCAGAUAGCUUGCUACCUCAGUUUCACAGCUGGAUCCUUCCAGGCAACUGACGAACGAGAUAGGAUAUACAGUCUCACGGGUCUCUUCCGUAGUGGACAAAUUCCAGCACAGCUCCUUCCGGACUACCGCAAGCCUAUGUCUCAAAUUCUAUUUGAGUACGCUAUAUACCUUCUCAAGGAUCCAGACUUGAUCGACAUCAUUCAAUUCAACUCUGGAACUUCUAUUGGUCUUCCUUCUUGGGUCCCUGACUGGCAGCACCAUGCACCCAAAAGCUGGAAAAUGGUGGAGGAAAAGGAUCGCUUUGGAGGUCAUUGUCGAGUAGAUGAAGAGCGCCGAUGUCUUGAGGUUGAAACGUUCACUUUCGCACACGUUUUAAAAGUCGUUUUGCAGGUGCCAAAGUACCAGCAUCACAGUUCUGUCUCGGCAUGGCUGGACGAUGUCAUUAAGAAUACCGCCAACUCGAUUGACGUUGCGACACAAGACCAUCCAGUUGAGCAAGACAUGGCCAAUUUAUGUUUUCAAUUUAACGUUCGAAGAAAUUUCGUACAAGAUGUCAACUUACACGAGACGGUGUUGAAAGGAGAACAUGGAUACUCGUCCCUGCGCAGCUUUCGGGCUGUGGACACCAGAUUGCACUCAUCACCAACGUUGGUGGAUUUGGUAUCCUUAGACGAUAUGUGGCACGAAAUAAUGGAAUCCACAACGGACAGAUACAUUUUCUAUUGCGCGGACGGAUCUUUAGGUAUAGUCGCACAGAAGUGCGUUUCUCCUAUUGAGGGUGAUAUAAUAUGUUCUAUCAAGGGAGCAUCCUCUGAAUUUAUCCUAAGACCUCACGGGGAUCGAUACGUUUUGAUAGGCUAUUGUCAGAGAACUCGCAUUGGACACCGCUUCCAUGCCAGCAAUCUGGGACUAUCAAAAAUUUCGGAUAAAAUUCUACAGAGUCUCAAAGACUCAUGGGAUGAAGGACCUCUUGUUCGUAUGCUAAUCUGCUAA